ACAAUGUAGUUCUAAAACACAACAAAAUCCUUCAAACAAACCAAGAGACAACACAAAAUAUACAAACGACACAACAUAAAACAAUAAACGCAACAAUUUUUGUUUCGUAAUCUUUGUAAAAAACAAGUUGACAGAAAGGCUAAUGGAACAUUAAGACAAGGAUAAUAAAUUAUUACAAUAUGUUUUAUAUAGAAUGGUUUACAUUAAAAAAUAAAUAGUUUAUUAUUAUAAAUGCUAAAAUAUCGAAGCAUGAAGAAACUGUAAAAGCUGAGAUGAGAUAAAAACAUGCUUAAAAAAUCUAAUAAUCUAGUAGAUGCAACAUUUUGAAAAAUAGCGUUAAAAUAUGUUAUUUGUCACAUAAAUUAUUUGGUCAAACUAAAGUAUUGUCCUUGCCUUUCAGAUCAUUGAAUUUAUUUUUUAUUAGUUACUGCUUUUGUGUUGCCUUUGAAAAUGUUCCAGUACAGCAGACUUACAAUGGACCUGCAUUCACUAGUACUGAAAUAUCAAAUAUAAGCAAUUACGUAUUCUACGGGGCACAAUGUGCGUAAUAAAUUACUCAACAUCUCUUAAAACACAAAAAUAAUAGUAACACAAACCAUGGAAACCCCGAACAAAGUGAGAAAAAGAAAAUUGGAGCCAUCAAGUACAUCUGAAGAUGUGCCAUAUUUUGAGAAUCCAGAUAAAGUUAUCAAAACUGACCAAGCUGGUGUCUUUUAUCUAGGAAAUCAUGAUGCUGAGAUUUGCUAUGGCGCAGAACCUGAUCUAAACAAACAUGUUACUGGCUGUAAGAAAAAUCCAGGUCACAAAGACUUUAUACCUCUUAAAGAUUUCAACAUAAAUUACCUCCCCUCACGUUAUCAUGACGACGACCUCUUAUAUGAGACAAUCAAAACAUUGGCAGCCCUAACUGUCCAGUUAAAGACUAAAUUCACCAGUCUAGAGAGACCAGAGUUUUACCCAGGAACUCAAGCUCCAUAUCCAUUUUAUAAGGAGAGAGGACGUCGCGUGAUCAGGUUAGGGACAGGGAGGGUGUGGCGAGUGGAUAAGUACACAGAGAUUGACAAAAAAGGAACUUGUCGUUGUGCCAAGUGUCAAAUCUCUUCCACACCCAGCAAAGUGUGGGGGGAGAUUUGUGUAUUGACAGCCACACAUGUGGUGUUUGAUGACAGUGAGGCGAAGCAGACCAGGUGUGUUUUAGGUUUUGAUGACAAUAAAAGUCCAGUAGUCAGUCUUGAUGGUUGGGAGGCGGAGGGUGGAGCAAACAUUGAGAGUGACAGGUGUGAGUUGAAAUAUUUUACAUGUAACUUCGAAUUGGUUGAUGAACUGGACAAGAUGUGUCAGCGCUUUGAUGGUCUAUGUAGGGAAGUAUGGGACAAAUACAAGAGUUUUGUUGAUGUGGACAAGUUGACCAUUAUAGUGUCACAUCCUCAUGGCUUUCCUAAACAGGUCUCUGUAGGACGAUGGACACACAAAUAUGAGAGGGAUGAUAAUUUCGAGGAUGAAAUCACCUGGACCAGGUACGUGUACAAUGCAUGCACAUGUCCAGGCUCCAGUGGAGCGUUUGUCUACAGGCCGGGAUAUGUGGUGUUAUAUCUGCAUCCCCACAGUGGAUCAAACUCUCAAGGAAAUUAUAGUGGGGAGUACUGGGGCUGAUGUCAAAAUUAGUUUUCUCCCCUUGUCUACUCAAUGUAAACAAACAAUAUGGCGAAACCUUCAUUGUGUUAAGACUUGUAUAUGUUAUCAACAUUUUUUGCAAAUAAAUUAUUUUAAAAAGUUAACCGUUACUAUACUGAAUG